AUGGCGCCCCCAGCUGACCUAACAUCGAGAUCCUCCCACAAAAUGGAGUCCUUUGAGAACAUUCAUUUGGAUUUGGGUCCAGCGCCAGGAAAAUGCAGGAUCGCAGAAUCCGGCCUAGGAUGGAAGCCGAGCGAUGGCGCAGCGUUCACUCUGGACAAGGCGGAGUGCGUCAGCGCGCAGUGGAGCAGAGCCGCGAGAGGGUUUGAGCUGAAGGUGUUUACGCGCAACACGGGUGUCGUACUACUGGAUGGCUUCAAGCAAGAGAACUUUGAAGCGAUACAAAAGUGCUUCAAGAUCUGGUACGGGGUGGAGCUGGUCACCAAGGAGAUAUCUGUGAGGGGAUGGAACUGGGGCAAGACUGAGAUGGGUCGCCAUGAGCUGGCGUUCAACGUUCGCAAUCAACCUGCCUUCGAGAUCCCCUACGGCGAAAUCUCCAACACGAAUCUGGCCGGCAAGAAUGAGGUGGCGGUGGAGUUUGCGCUACCCGCAGACGGCGAGGAGCCAAGCACCAACGGCGAGGCAAACGGCACCAAGACCAAAGUCAAGAAGAUGAUGGGAGCGGCGGUGGACCAGCUGACCGAGAUGCGAUUCUACAUCCCCGGCACCGAGACGCGCAAAGGCAAGAAUGACGAGGGGCAAGAGGAGGAGGGCAGCGAGCAUGAGGAAGAGCACAACGCCGCCAAUCUCUUCUACGAAGCUCUUAUGGACAAAGCAGAGAUUGGCGAGGUGGCGGGAGAUGCCUUUGCCACCUUCCUGGACAUUCUCCACCUCACACCGCGUGGCCGCUUCGACAUCGACCUCUAUGAGAAGUCCUUCCGAUUGCGCGGCAAGACGUACGACUAUAAGAUCCCUUAUGAGAAUGCGAAACGCUUCUUCCUCCUGCCGAAACCGGACGAGACGCAUCAAUUGCUAUGUGUCGGGCUCGAUCCGCCGCUUCGCCAGGGCCAGACUCGCUACCCUUUCCUCGUCAUGCAAUUCAAGAAGGACGAAGAAGUCAACAUCGAGCUGAACAUGACGGAAGAAGACCUCAACAGCAAGUACGCCGGCAAGCUUCAGCCGCGAUACGAAGAGCCGAUCGGAAGCGUGGUGGCGAAGCUCUUCCGCGGACUUACCGGGCGUAAACUCACGCAGCCGUCGCACGAGUUCAGCAGCCACCACCAAAUGGCCGGGGUGAAGUGCAGCAUCAAGGCCAACGAAGGCCACCUCUUCUGCCUGGAUCGCGCAUUACUGUUUGUCCCAAAGCCCGCCACGUACAUCUCAUUCGACAACGUCUCUUCCAUCACCAUGAGCCGAGUGGGCGGGGCUGUUAGUGCCAGCCGCACCUUCGACGUCACGGUGGCGCUGAAGAACGGCGCGGGCGAACACCAGUUCCUGAACGUGAACCGCGAAGAACAACAGCCGCUCGAGAAUUUCUUCAAGGCGAAGAACCUCAAGAUCAAGAACGAAAUGGACGCGGAUGGGGCGAUGCUCAAGGCCGCGCUGCACGACAACCCCGACCUCGCUAGCAGCGAAGAUGAGGAUGCCGUCGGCGAGGAACGCGGCUCGGCCGAUGAAGAUGACGAGAGCGUGGACGAGGACUUCCAGGAGGAUUCGGAGAGUGAGGUGGCGGAGGAGUUCGACUCGGACGCCAAGUCCUCCGGCUCGGGCAGUGGGGGAGAGGAUGAGGAUGGGGAUGUCAUGGACGAGGACAGCGCGAGUGACACGGAGGCCAAGGUGGAGCGGCCGAAGAAGAAGACGAAGACGGGGAAGUGA